GGGAAAUUCUGUCAAUUUUUUCUUACCCUCCAUUGUUGGUGUUGAAUUAAAGAAGUUUCUUCUGGUUCUGAGAGAGAAAACGAUGGAGGAGAGAGAAAACGAUGGAGGGUUUUGAUUUUUGUUGAAAUUUUUGGGUUAUGGCCAAUGGGGCUCAAAUUCACUGAUUUAGUUAUGGCGCUCAAAUUUUGGGAGAUUUAUUUGAUGGCGCAAAAUGAAAAUUUCAUUCUCUCUCUAGCUUUCAGUUUGGCGCUCAGAGAAUAAGGCUUUUCCUUUUUUUUUGGUCUGCUUUUACCCCAAUUUUGAGAAUAUUAUUAUUAAAUUCUGGUAUAGUCUUUAAAGACUCUAGUAGAUAUAGUCCAAGACUUUCUCCUCAAUCUUAGCCAAGACGCCCAUUUCUUUCCCGCGCUUGUUCUUGUACAGUUACCGAAAAAGCAAGUGAGUGAAAAAACCUGAACCUGAAAAACCCAGUUAUCAAAGCAGAGAAGAAGACAGAGAGACGACGAUGUGCGGAAGGUGCCGCUGUAGUAUCCGGCCAGACGACGUCCCUAGAGCUUGCCAUCUUCGCAACACUUCCGUUCGUCAAGUUGAUGCCGACCGGUAUCGGCCUGGGUAUAAUGUCUCACCGGGAUCGUACCUUCCGGUGCUUCGCCGUGAAAGUGGAGGAGAUGAGGGUUACACUGCUGCUGUACAUUGUAUGAAAUGGGGGCUAAUUCCUAGCUUCACCAAGAAGGAUGAGAAACCUGAUCACUAUAGGAUGUUUAAUGCGAGGUCUGAAUCAAUUGGGGAAAAAGCAUCAUUUCGUCGACUUAUUCCUAAAAACCGGUGCCUUGUUACUGUGGAAGGGUUUUAUGAAUGGAAAAAAGGUCCUAAGAAGCAGCCGUACUACAUUCAUUUUGAUGAUGGCCGUCCUCUUGUGUUUGCAGCCCUCUAUGAUUCCUGGAAAAAUUCUGAAGGAGAAAUUCUCUAUACGUUUACUAUCGUAACGACAGAUUCAUCAUCGGCUAUAAAGUGGCUACAUGAUAGGAUGCCUGUUAUUCUGGGAGAUGAACUCUCAACUGAUGUAUGGUUGAAUGGGUCUUCAGAUACCAAGUUCAGCUCAUUGCUUAAACCAUAUGAAAAAGAAGAUUUGACCUGGUAUCCGGUGACCACGGCAAUGAACAAGGCAUCGUUUGACGGUCCUGAAUGCAUCAAGGAGAUACCAUUGAAAGCAGAGGAGCAGUCUAAUCCUAUCACAAAUUUUUUCUCCAAGAAAGGAACAGAUGGUAAUAAGCAAUCAAGUAAGACAAUUAAGACUUCAACUAAGGAUUCUACCAAGAAUGAUCCGCAAAGUGAUGUUAAGGAGGAAGCUGAGGCGCAAGCAAAUGUGGAACCCUCAUGCAGUGGAAGGACAGUUACUGAAACAAGGUCUGAUGUUUCCACUAUCUCUCCCGGAUCUGACUCUAAGGUUGACUUGAAACGGGAUUAUGAAAAGUUUCUGGAUGAUUCAAAGCCGAGGACUGCUGAACUUGGUAAGGUAUCUCAGACUCCAGUAAAGAAGAGUAAAGUUAAGAGUGGAGCUGAAAAACAGGCCACACUUCGCUCAUACUUUACUAAAAGCUAGUGGUUAAAUAAUUUUCUGCUUCUGUUAGAGUCAUUAGACACUGUAUUUUUGCUUGUUUGUUGUAACUUGUGGCAUAUUUAUGUAUAUAUCAUACCGGUUGCUUUUAGGAGUUCAAGACCCUCGUGCAUGUUGGUUUCGUUUUACAUCUUUUCCCAUCCCCAUCUAUCCCUUGUUGAAGUUUUGAAGUUUCAAGAUGUAAUCGUAUCUUUGUAAUCGGGGUGGUUUUUUGGGACCUUUGUUUGGUUGUUGAUUUUUGAUGGGUGAAAGGAAGGGUUUUGUUUGGUUUAUGCUUAGCAAAGAAAAUACCUGCAUUUGAUCCUGUAUGUUUAAAUUUGGCCGGAAAAUGUAAUAAUGAUUGAGACUUGAGAGAGA